AGAGAGAGAGAGAGAGAGAGAGACGAAUGAAAAAGUGCACAACCCGCUGGUGGAAGCGGACACACGGGCAGCUCAGGUUGUCUCGUCACGUUUGUCUCUGUAAAUCUACCCGGAGUUUUUUUGCUGCACUUUUUAUGCAACUCGACACAUUUCAUCACAAGGUUUCACUGUGCUUCUCUUCAGUUGCUCCUCGUACAUGGUAACACAGGACUGAAGACGAGCAAUGGCGGUGUGGAUUCAGGCCCAGCAGCUGCAGGGUGAUGCCCUGCACCAGAUGCAGUCUCUCUACGGCCAGCAUUUCCCCAUCGAGGUGCGACACUACCUGUCCCAGUGGAUAGAAGGCCAACUCUGGGACUCCAUCGAUCUGGAAAACCCGCAGGAGGAAUUUAAAGCCAAGCGCUUGCUGGACAGUCUAAUUCAAGAACUACAGAAAAAGGCUGAACAUCAAAUGGGAGAGGAUGGCUUUCUACUCAAGAUUAAACUAGGCCACUAUGCUUCACAGUUAAAGAGCACAUACGACCGAUGUCCACUGGAGCUGGUGAGAUGCAUCAAACACAUUCUGUACACGGAGCAGAGACUUGUCAGGGAAGCUACUAAUUCAAACUCUCCGUUGAGCGGGAUGAUGGACAGCAUGUCUCAGAAAUACCAGCAGAUAAACCAGGCGUUCGAGGAGCUGAGGGUCCUGACGCAGGACACCGAGAACGAUUUGCGCAAGCUUCAACACAAUCAGGAGUACUUCAUUAUACAGUAUCAGGAGAGCCUCCGAAUACAGGCUCAGCUAUCGAGUCUGGCCACGUUGCCCCCCGCUGACAGACAGAUCCGAGAGCCGAGUCUCCUUAGCAAGAGAGCCACGGUUGAAGCCUGGCUCACUAGAGAAGCCAACACCUUGCAGAAGUACAGACUGGGCCUAGCAGAGAAGCACCAGAAAACACUGUCAUUAUUGCGAAAACAGCAGACACUGAUCCUCGACGAUGAGCUGAUCCAAUGGAAGAGACGUCAACAGCUCGCCGGAAACGGAGGACCACACGAGGGCGGACUGGAUAUCCUGCAGUCAUGGUGUGAGAAGCUCGCAGAGACCAUUUGGCAAAACCGACAGCAGAUCAGGAGGGCGGAGCAUUUAAGACAGCAGCUGCCAAUCCCCGGGCCCAUUGAGGAACUUCUAAAUGAUCUCAACAGCACCAUCACUGAUAUCAUUUCAGCGCUUGUAACCAGCACCUUCAUUAUAGAGAAGCAGCCGCCUCAGGUGCUGAAGACUCAGACAAAGUUUGCAGCUACGGUGCGUUUGUUAGUAGGAGGAAAACUCAACGUCCACAUGAACCCUCCUCAGGUGAAAGCCACCAUCAUCAGCGAGCAGCAGGCCAAGGCACUGCUGAAAAACGAAAACACCCGGAAUGACAGCAGUGGAGAGAUCCUGAAUAAUAACUGCGUGAUGGAGUAUCACCAGACCACAGGCACCCUGAUCGCACACUUCAGGAACAUGUCUCUGAAGAGGAUCAAGCGUUCAGACCGCCGCGGCGCAGAGUCCGUAACCGAGGAGAAGUUCACCAUCUUGUUCGAGUCGCAGUUUAGUGUCGGGGGCAACGAGCUGGUUUUUCAGGUCAAGACCCUGUCUUUGCCUGUCGUGGUGAUUGUCCAUGGAAGUCAGGAUAACAAUGCCACAGCUACGGUUCUAUGGGACAACGCUUUUGCUGAACCAGGCCGAGUCCCUUUCCUGGUUCCUGAUAAAGUGAUGUGGCCACAGCUGUGUGAGGCUCUCAAUAUGAAGUACAAGGCAGAGGUGCAGUCGAACCGAGGUCUUUCUGAGGAGAACCUCGUCUUCCUCGCUCAGAAGGCCUUCAGCAGCUCCAGCACCAACCCUGAGGAUUACCGGGGCAUGACCAUGACCUGGUCCCAGUUUAACAGGGAAAGCCUUCCAGGUAGAAACUUCACAUUUUGGCAGUGGUUUGACGGCGUCAUGGAGCUCACAAAAAAACACCUGAAGCCUCACUGGAAUGAUGGGGCGAUCUUGGGCUUUGUGAACAAGCAGCAGGCUCAGGACAUGCUGAUGUCCAAACCUAACGGCACGUUCCUGUUGCGCUUCAGUGACUCUGAGAUAGGAGGCAUCACCAUCGCAUGGGUGGCAGAGAACCCCAACAAAGCAGGUGAGAGAAUGGUGUGGAACCUCAUGCCCUACACAACCAAAGACUUCUCUAUUCGCUCUCUGGCUGACCGUAUAAGUGACCUGAACCACCUGCUGUUCCUGUAUCCUGACCGACCCAAAGACGAGGUCUUCUCCAAGUACUACACCCCUCCACUGUCGAAAGCAGUGGACGGUUACGUCAAGCCGCAGAUCAAACAAGUGGUUCCUGAGUUUACGACACCUAAUCCAGACCCAGCAGCGAAUGCAACCUACAUGGAUCACGCAGCAUCCCCGGCUGUCAGUCACCCGCAGAACUACGGCAUCUACCCAGCAAUGAGCGACAGCAUGCUGGACGGAGACGGCGACUUCGAUCUGGACGACACCAUGGAUGUAGCAAGACACGUGGAGGAGCUUCUCCGCCGACCGAUGGAGGGCCAGUGGAGCGGCCAACAGUCAUGACCUCGCGACCUCUGACCCUUAAUAACAACUUAUUCCAUUCAUCUCUCCUUUCCUUUCCCUUCCCUUCAUUUCAUCCCUAAUGUGAAAAGCUCAGUGAUGGAUGUGGUCGCUUCUAAUUUUCUCUCUCUCUCUCUCUCUCUCUCUCUCUCUCUCUCUCUCUCUCUCUCUCUCUCUUAACUAAUUCUAACUUUCCCCUUUCUGUUGUUUUUUCUGUGCAUGUGAGCUGAAAGCUCAUGUGUGAAAGAGAAAUGGAAGAAAAAUACUACUAACUUUCCUAUCAGUCAAUACUACCAGACAGUAUUGUGGAAAAAAAAUGUUGUUACAUGUCUUUUUUUUCUUUUCUUUUUUCUUUUUAUUGUUUUAUUAGAAGUGAAAUUGUCAACAUCAGAAGCCCAAACAUAGAGCUGUACUACUGUAAAAAGGUGUUUUAUUUUCCCGAUGUUAUUAUUCCUGUCUUUUAUUUUAUACUGUGUCCACAUUCUUGUUUCUUUUUUUUUUCCCCCCCAAAAAAGUUCACGUGUAGAAUCCUUUGCACUCUGGAACAAACAUCUCUCUUUUUUUUUUCUUUUUUUUUUUUGGUAAAGGGGAGAAAAAAAAUUAAAUCACUUUUACCGUGACAUGAGAUCACUGUUGUAAUGUAUAUUUGAUACACUAAAAGUAAUUCAGUUGUGGUAGAAUCAUUCAUAGUCAGAGUGUGUACAAACGGUCCUGAACAGACUGGACAUGCAUUCUCAAUGCCUGAAUAUAUCACACACACACACACACACACACACACACACGCACACA